AUGCUUUCCAACGGCAUUUCCUUCCUUACUACGGCCGCCGCGUUGGUCGCCCAGGUCUCUGCUGCUCCUACCCUGCAAUCGCGGGCCACUGCGGACACUGCUGCUUGGUCCUUCCUGCAGCGCGCUGCCGACCUGUCGUCCGCUGCGUAUACUGGAUGUACUGGAACAGCCUUCGAUGUCACCAUCACCAAGCAAAUUUAUGAUGUGACGACCAAUGCCAAGGGCUUUGUUGGAUAUUCCACAACAAACAAGAAGAUCUCUGUCGUCAUGAAGGGAUCUACUACUGAGACGGAUUUUGCCAACGAUGUCGACACCACCUUGGUCACUCCUUCCCUCUCUGGCGUCACCUUCCCCUCUGGUGCUCAGAUCAUGCAUGGUAUUAGUAGCCCAUGGUCUGCUGUCCAUGAUACCAUCAUCUCGGAGGUCCAGUCGCUGGUCGAGCAGUACCCAGACUACACUCUGGAGUCGACCGGACACUCCCUAGGAGGAGCUCUCACCUACAUUUCUUAUGUUGCCCUGGCUUCUAACUUCCCCGAUACGGAAAUCACUAGCAAUGCUAUGGCUGCGUUCCCGAUCGGUAACCAGGCCUGGGCCAACUUUGCCAACUCUUUCAAUGGCACCAUGAACCGUGGUAACAACCUCGAUGACGGUGUGCCCAACAUGUACAUCGAAGCCCCAUACGACUUUAUCCACUACGGAACUGAAUACUACAGCUCUGGAACCCAAGCUACCGUCGUGAAGUGCUCGGGAGAGCGUGACACCUCUUGCUCUGCUGGAAACGGACAGUACGGAGUGACUGCUGGUCACUUCUCCAGCUUCGGUGUUGAGAUGGGCUACGCUGGAUGUUCUUCGCUGUAA